CAUCAAAAGUUGGCUUGGUAAUCCCAAUUCGAGUGUGACGAACUUGUCGUUCGCGGUGAAUGGUUCUUCACGGCAAUGGGAGUUAGAAUUGGAAAAUCUUUUAAAAGAAAUGUAUAACUCUAUUAAAUCAAGUCAGAUACUACUGCCACUUUUGUCGGAUGCUGAAAAACCAUCUAGUCCUCUUCCCUCGGGUUUGCACCGCAGUCUUAGUCAUUCGGGCUACCCGAACACUAGACUUAACACCCUCAUUGCAAAAGCUCGAAGAAUUUCUCCAAGCCCAAGUAAUGAUAGUCAGGCAAGAUCAGGACCGUCUUCACUUUCUCUACGUCGCACAUCGUCAUGUGAGACAGAAAUCACAACGGCAAUAACGGAGGAAGAAUGCGAAGAUGACAAAGCUUCAGUCACGGAUUCUAUUGAUACUGACGAAUCAUUGGAAUUAUACCUGUCCGGUGCUCCAUACGCCAAAGAAGGAUUGUUGAUUCGAAAGCAUUCCCGGGAGUCGACAAGCAAGAAGGCAAAAGACAGGAGCUGGAAAGAAUGCUUUGUGGUUGUUGAAAAGGGUGAACUUCGAAUGUUUAAAUUUGAAACUCAGUCUUCCCGCGGUUCUACUAGAAUGGGGGCAGUCGGUGGAGGAAAUUGGAUGGCGAAUGCAACAGUCAUGGGACAAGUUGAUCUUUGCCACACAAUCACGAACGCAUUGCCGCCACCUGGUUACAAUCGUGAUCGUCCUUUUGUGUUUGCUCUUUUAACGAGUAACGGCGGUCUUUAUUUCUUUCAAGCUGGUACUGCCGAAUUGGUAGAUGAGUGGGUAUCAACAUGCAAUUAUUGGGCAGCUAGGUCAAGUAAAGAGCCAUUGCCGGGAGGUGUUAGCAAUAUGGAAUACGGAUGGGGAAGAUGUUUUGAACAAAAUAAUGACGCUAGCGAGUUCGAAGAUUCUAGAAGUGUAAUGAGUGACCCUCGUAGUGUAGUGAGUAACGUUUCAUCAUACAAUAGCGAUCGUAUUUUUAUUAGCGAGUGGAAAAUACCAACACCACCUUCGGUUCCAAGCAACCAUGAUGAGACAUCUCAACUAUCGGCUCUGCAGAAAUACCGAGAUGAACUUGAGAAUGAGUUGAACGAACACAAGGGUUUUUGGGAUCCUAUGUCAAAACUUUUUAAUCCGCGUGACCCGAAUUAUGCAAAAGCAGUCGCUAAUUGGGAAAAGAAGUCACAAUGGUUAUUGUAUGAAAUUGUCAAAUACACCACAUACAUAGAAUCUAUUGAACGCUCUAUAGCACGUAAAGCUGAAAUGAAGAGGGCCAAAAUGAAAAAUGCCGAAACUGUAGGUGAAUUAAACAAAGGAAACAAUAACUCUACAUCUGGUUCCACUGACGAAGGUAACGAGAAGGAACGAGAUACUUUGGAACCAAAGGAUCGCACAAAAUUAUUGAUUCAAAGGGCCACAUGGACCCCGGGUGAUGGUUACAGCCUCAAUCUACCAAAAGAGUUGCUAUUUGAUGACGCGAUGGAUGAUGCAGAUGACGGCGUAAUCAAUGAUAACUUUAUUGGAAUUGAAGCAGCGUUGACGGCGGCUAGAAAUCGAACGAAUAAGAAUAAAUCGGCAGCACAUCUUUUGACAGAAACAAACCGUCUGUAG